CUCAGUGCCAUAGGUGUUGCUUUAAAAUGUGUUGAUACAACACACUCCACAGUUUAACAGUCAGUCCGUGUCUGUUCAAGGACAGCCUGUCUUUACAGGGGUACAUCACCUUUUCAACAGAUAGCUGGAUUUCAGAUCACAAAGCCCAGUUCUAAUCAACUUGCAGGAAAUCUCAGUAAUGACAAAACCAGUCCCUUUAAAGUAUACAAGAUUGACAAAAUGGUUUAAAGCCAGUUUUUGGCUUGCAUUGUGGCUCUUGGGCUGUUAACAUUUGCUCCACACGGGGAUUUCAGACACGGUGAACUUUUCCCUCCAGCACAGCUGAAGCCAUUCUACAAAUACCCUCUCACCCACUGGCUCAGCAGUAGCACCCUUCCCCUCCAGCAGAAAGAUCCUGGGAUGGAAUCCCACCCACAGGCUGCCCUAUAAAAGGCCUGGCUGGGAAACAACAUUUGCAUUUUUGACUGGAUCUUCCUUCUACUCUCUGGCAAUGCCUGUGGAUUUCAGCGGCACCUGGAACCUUGUCAGCAAUGACAAUUUCGAAGGUUAUAUGGUGGCCUUAGGUAUUGACUUUGCAACGCGCAAAAUAGCGAAAAUGCUGAAGCCUCAGAAGGUGAUCAAACAAGACGGUGAUUCAUUCUAUAUCCAUACCACUAGCACAUUCAGAGAUUAUUUGCUUGAAUUCAAAGUUGGAGAAGAGUUUGAGGAGGAUAAUAAAGGCUUGGAUAACAGAAAAUGCAAGAGCCUUGUUACCUGGGAAAAUGACAAACUUGUCUGUGUCCAGACUGGUGAGAAGAAGAACAGGGGCUGGACUCACUGGCUGGAAGGGGAUGACCUCCACUUGGAGCUUCGUUGUGAGAAUCAAGUCUGUAGACAGGUCUUCAAGAGAGCUUGAGCCUGAGUGGUGCGCUGGGUCCUGCCUGCAGGGACAGCCCUGCUCAGGAGCCUCGUGUCCAGGGAGGGCUCCACGGACAAGAACUGACUCCUGCACCUAUUAACCGGAAUGCUCGGAAGUUUCUGGCUCAGGAAAGAAGUCUGCUGUUGCCAGUGUUAAAGGUCUGAUUUUUGCUAAUAAAUGCCUCAAACUAA